ACCAAAAACAAAAAAUAAAAAAAAAAAAAUUAAAAAAUGGAGAAAUAUUUCUCUGUAAAUCACGAGAACCUCUUCGUACGCAUCCAUUCUCCAGACCGCCAUUUCCACAAGGCCUAGGUUUUUCCAUCCCAAAAUCCACAUUCCAAACUCUCAUUGUUCGGAUCGAUCCAGAUUCCGUACGUUCAAUUCCAUUUGAAUUUCGAUUUGGAUUUCUCCAAUCUGAUCGAAUAUUCGAUGCUGUAGCAUUCACUUUCGCUUGAAUCCGUUAUUGUAGGGACCAGAUCGGAGACGAGGGAGCCGUGUUAUUCGGUUUCGCUGCCGAGGACAAUUGAUUGUUAAAAUCCUGUUUUUGGUUGGAGAUCGUCAGUGGAUCUGCAUUGCGUUGAUUUUGGCGGUAAUUUGGAGAUUUUGAUGUUUGUGAGAUAUUGGAGAUCUUGAGAGGACGUGGUGAUUUUCGAGAGUCAUUUUGCGAGAUGUCUUCGUUGGCUGGAAUCAGCGAGGAGCUGGCGGAGAUCGAUGGACAAAUUAGUGACAUUUUCCGCGCGUUAUCUAAUGGGUUCCAGAAGUUGGAGAAGAUCAAAGACACGAGUAGGCAGAGCAGGCAGCUGGAAGAGCUUACAGGGAAGAUGAGAGAGUGUAAGAGGCUCAUUAAAGAAUUUGAUAGGGAAGUUAAGGAUUUGGAGAUUAGAAAUGAUCCAGAAACCAACAAGAUGCUGAAUGAGAAAAAGCAAUCAAUGAUAAAAGAGUUGAAUUCGUAUGUUGCUCUUAAAAAGCAAUAUGCAACCAAUCUUGAAAACAAGCGAAUUGAUCUCUUUGAUGCGCCUGCUGACGACGUUGGAGAAGAAAAUGUUUUGCUAGCUUCAUCUAUGACAAAUCAACAGCUAAUGGAUAAUGGAAAUCGGAUGAUGGAUGAGACUGAUCAAGUCAUUGAGAGAUCAAAAAAGGUUGUUCAAGAUACAGUUAAUGUUGGAACAGAAACUGCAGCAGCUCUCAAGUCGCAGACUGAACAAAUGAGCAGGAUUGUUAACGAGCUAGAUUCUAUCCAUUUCUCAAUCAAGAAAGCUUCACAGCUGGUCAAGGAAAUUGGUAGGCAGGUUGCCACUGAUCGGUGUAUUAUGGCCUUGCUCUUCAUUCUAGUCAUUGGGGUCAUAGCCGUCAUUAUUGUGAAGCUUGUGAACCCAAAUAACAAGGACAUUCGGGGUGUUCCUGGAUUGGCCCCACCAGCUCUCACUCGGAAAUUACUUUGGCAUCCUAAUUAAAUCUGGCAGUGAAUUUCCUCAAGAUUUUAUCAGACACAAUUUGAUUGGGUGUAAAAUUAGCGGAGAUUUUGACGCUGUUGGCAUCGCCUGGUAUAGUGAAAAACCCAAUCUGGUUUAAAAGGGUGGAUUCUUUCGACACAGGAAACUUGCUGGAGUCGCUAUAUGAUUAAUCAGCUUUUCAAAAUGCCAGUCUCUUAAACUGCUGUUGUGGCUUGUUCAGUAGCUUCAAUCAGAUAAGGUUUUGUAUGUGAUUUGUUUAUUCUCCACGGAUUAUGAUUAAGAAAAUUACCACUAUUUAGGUGAGGGAAUUCCGAGCGUAAAUACUUGAAACCAAGAUGUUCAUACUCCACUGUAUAAUCACAAUGGUGUGUUUAUUUUUAUUUUUUAGAUUUUGUUUUUCACCAUCAUUUCCAUAGUGAUUUGACAUUAUAGUGUUCA